AAUACAGCAUGGCGCCCGUCAACGCUGUUUUGUUUUGCUUGGCUUUAGUUUUACAUAUUUUGGAGUUAAGCGCUGUCGAGGAUUCGUGUUACAAGCCAGUCAAGGACGACCGACCUUCGUUUAUAAGGACUUACCCCAGGCCUCAUGAGUACCUGAAUGCCUCAGACCUUCCUGCAGUCUGGGACUGGCGGCGUGUCGAUGGGAGAAACUAUGUAAGCGUCACGCGCAACCAGCACAUCCCGCAGUACUGCGGCUCAUGCUGGGCCAUGGGGGCCACCAGCGCACUUGCGGAUCGUAUAAACAUCAAAAGGAAAGGGGCAUGGCCAUCAGCCUACCUGUCGGUUCAGAAUGUGAUCGACUGUGGAAGGGCGGGGUCUUGUUAUGGAGGAGACCAUCUGGGUGUGUAUGCUUACGCACAUGAGAAGGGCAUUCCAGAUGAGACCUGCAACAAUUACCAAGCCAAAAAUCAAAAAUGUGAUCCAUUUAACCAGUGUGGCACCUGUUCAUUCUUUGGGUCCUGUUCCAUUGUGAAGAACUAUACUGUGUGGAAAGUGGGAGACUAUGGGGAGAUUUCAGGACGAGACCAAAUGAAAGCUGAGAUCUACAAAAAUGGGCCAAUCAGCUGUGGUAUCAUGGCGACUAAGGGACUUGAGGCAUAUCAAGGAGGGGUGUUUGCAGAGUUUCAUAUCGUAUCUCUCAUGAACCACAUCAUAUCUGUCGCCGGUUGGGGUGUGGAUGAGAACGGCACAGAGUACUGGAUAGUGAGGAACUCCUGGGGAGAGUUUUGGGGGGAGGCAGGCUGGGCCCGGAUAGUCACCAGUGCGUAUAAAGGAGGUAAAGGGAACUGGUAUAACCUCGCCAUCGAGCAAAGCUGUGCAUAUGGAGAUCCCAUAGUGCCCUAGAGGAAGAGCAACUGAUGAGAGCCAGCUCUGCCCACAUGGUCAUACGAGAAUCCAACUGAGAGCAGGCUUCACUAAGCACCUUAUGGACAUUUUCAUUUUUUAAGACAUAAGAUGACUGCCUGUCCUGAGACAUAGUCAGUGAUUUCUCUAGCAUGUUAGGCCAGAUCCAACUGACAGCUAUGCUAGGUAAGAGAGCCAAGAAAUCAAGUGCUAAGGCCAUACAAAGCAUCUGUUACUAUGUCAUAUAAUUACCCUGGUAUGAAUAGAGCUGAAUGAGAGUGGUGGAAUUCACUCCAAGAGGUACAUUGCACUGUCAACACAAUGAUUUUUUAAUAUAUAAUGUGUCAUAUGUAGAGAAAAAGUAGUGAUGAAAUUCAGUCCUAGAGGUAAUGCACUGAUUAUUAUUGUGUGCCAUUUUUAUGUGAAAUGCCAACAUUACAAAUACUUGUUUUGAAAUAAAAACACAAUGAAAAAUAA